AUGCAACACCUUUUAUUUGUCUGAAGCAUGUAUCUAAUUGGUCCAACACAGAUUGUGUUGGAACUGGAAUUAAAUAGAUAAUAGGAGAAUUGAGAAUCAAUAUCCUAAGAAUUAGUCAUAUGUGAAGAACCAAAUAUAAUAAAGAUUAAGCUCAAAUUCUAUUAACUCUUUUCAUUUCUGUUAACUUUCAUGCUGUGACAGAGUUAAGGUGAAGAAUGUAAUGUGAAAUAUGUGCAGAUAAUGAUAGUGUUUGUGCUUCCAAGGAAUUUGGGGAUGUCAUCAGGAGCGAAUUAUGCUAAGAAUAUUCUUCGCGCGGCCGUUCUUGUGCAGUAUAUUCCCAGGUUAUUCAGGUUUCUUCCAUUGCUAAUCGGCCAAUCUCCAUCAGGAUUCAUAUUUGAGUCAGCAUGGACAAAUUUCAUCAUAAAUCUUCUUAUUUUUAUGCUGUCUAGCCAUGUUGUUGGCUCUUGCUGGUACCUCUUUGGUGUGCAGAGGGUUAAUCAAUGUUUGCGAGAUGCAUGUCAUAAUUCUGAUAUUGAUGAAUGCAUGAAAGUCAUUGAUUGUGGGCAUGGUCGUACUUUAGACGAUCAAUCUGGCAAAACAUCUGCUGGUUGGAUCAACAAUGUUGAGGCCAUUGCUUGUUUAAAUCCCUCUUCUAAGGCUUCUAAUGGCUUUAGUUAUGGGAUCUAUGCCAAUGCUGUACCACUUACAACAGAAACUGACCUUGUCAACAAAUAUUUGUAUGCUUUGUUUUGGGGUUUCCAGCAAAUAAGUUCUCUCGGCAGUAGUCUAAUCCCAAGUUAUUUUGUGUGGGAAGUGCUUUACACAAUGGCAAUCAUAGGAUUGGGACUCUUGCUUUUCGCGCUUCUCAUUGGAAAUAUACAGAACUUUCUUCAGUCUCUUGGUCGGAGAAAGCUUGAAAUGCAACUUAGAGGCCGUGAUGUCGAGCGAUGGAUGAGCCAUCGUCACUUGCCAGAAGAUCUAAAAAAGAGAGUGCGCCAGGCCGAACGGUAUAAUUGGGCUGCAACAAGGGGAGUGAAUGAAGAAAUACUUAUGGAAAAUUUGCCAGAAGAUCUUCAGAGAGACAUAAGGCGUCAUCUCUUCAAAUUUAUCAAGAAAGUCCGAAUUUUCGCCUUGAUGGAUGAGCCAAUCUUAGAUGCUAUUUGUGAGAGAAUAAGACAUAAGACAUACAUCAAAGGAAGUAGAAUUUUGAAUCAUGGUGGCAUUAUAGAGAAAAUGGUCUUUGUUGUUCGCGGGAAAUUGGAGAGCGUUGGAGUUGAUGGAAUCGUAGUUCCUUUAGCUGAAGGGGAUGCUUGUGGUGAAGAACUUUUGACAUGGUAUCUUGAACAUUCUUUGGUGAGAACAGAUGGUAAGAAAGUAAGACUUCCAGGACAGAGGUUGCUUAGCAACAGGACGGUGAAGUGCUUAACAAAUGUGGAGGUAUUUUCACUCCGAGCAGCAGAUCUUGAAGAAGUCACGAUCUAUUUCACAAGAUUCUUGAGGAGUCCACAUGUUCAAGGAGCUCUAAGGUAUGAAUCACCUUAUUGGAGAUCACUUGCAGCAACACGAAUUCAGGUUGCCUGGAGAUACAGGAAGAAACGUCUGAGUCGUUCUGAUAGCCAAACAAUCUAAUCAAACAUCUAAGCCUCAUAGGUUGCUUCAACUCUUGGAUUCACUAGCUUCUUUCCAACUACAAAUUUUCCUUAAAUAAUAACUAAUUGCUUCCACAUAACUUUUUGCUUUGCUUAUAAUUUAACGCGUCCUUGGGCUUUGCUUUUUCCCACAAGAAAGGCAUUGUUAUUGAUGCACUAAUAAUAGGUACAUAUAUAUUAUCUAAUUAUUUUGUACUCAUGUGAAAAUGUGAAAGUACAUCCCUUCAUAGUUAAUGUAUCUUGUUUAAGUUUAGCAUGCCUAGAAGAUUUCCCAAUACAGCAAUACUCAAUAUGUGCUUCACGGAAAGUUUGACUAUAGCUCGUAUUGUACAGUGUAAGAAAUAUAAAAUACACAAAUUAUACGGAUAAAAGUUAGGAGGAGGCCGGUGCUAACGUGAUGAAGGCGAGUUUUUCCUGCAGGUGAAGAACUCCCGUAGAAUAGUGCAGUGGAUGACGCGUGUCAUGGCUGUGAAACUACGCGCAGACAGCGCCUGCAGUGGGUUGUUGGUGACGGCUUAAAUAGGAGGGUGAUUACGCGUUAAUGAUGAUAAAUAGAAAGUUGGGCUUUUUGCCAUUGAUGGAGUACCCACUU